AUACCGGCAUUUGACGAUGUCUGCCUAUUUGGAACAGUGAAAAGAGAAAGAAUAAGAAAGAUUACGAAAACGAGCCGUCCGUUACGAUUUGUGCUACACGAUUGUGGAUAAUCUCAACCUGCUCAAGAAAGAGGACAAGCGCGAGCAGCACUUAUGAGCAAAGGAACCAUGCGUAGCCUUUCUGUGACUCCUCUGCUGGGGGCGGCCGCAGUUGCGAUACUCUGUGCGACGUCAGCCUGGGCAGGUGACCACGGCUGGGAUCACCACGGUUGGAUCGAGCCCAAACUCACUGUGGUUGUAAAGAAGAUUCCUAAACUGAUUCCUGUCCCGCACCCUGUUCCUGUGCCACAAAUUGUGCACGUCCCGAAAAAGGUUCCGGUCUACAAGCCUGUGCCAGUGCCCAAGCCGUAUCCCGUACCCCAGAUCAUUCACGAAUAUUACCCGGUACACAAAGUGGUACCCAUUCCCAAGGAGGUGCCAGUUCCCGUCAAGGUUCCAGUCAAGAAGCCCUAUCCCGUGCCCCACAUCGUCAAGGUUCCCAAGCCUUAUGUUGUUCACGUGCCUAAGCCUUACAUCGUUCACAAGCCAGUACCCUACCCAGUUGAGGUGAAGGUUCCCAAGCCCUACCUCGUUCACAUCCACAAACACGUACCAGUUCCCGUAACCAAGCACAUUCCCGUUGAGGUGCCUAUUGUGAAGGAGCAUCCCGUCGUGGUGAAGAAGCCUAUUCCUAUUCUCCUCGAGGCGAAGGGCUGGGACAAGAAGAAAAGUGCUUGAUUAUUGAAUCGAGAAAAUAAUUCGCUGAGGCGCGACCCAAACCAUUAAUAGAAUCAACUUUCGCGAAAAACACAUCGUGAUAGGCUCAUCUUAGGUGUUUAGUUUCACCAGUUGUGGUUGAGUUCGAGCGAUUCAGAUGCUGGUGAUACCGUCAAGAUGACCACCGAAAAUUGUGUGCAUGGGUCAUUUUAAUAAAUACUCUCCCGUAAUAUUUAUGUACAUACAGAAACAGACCAACAUACAAAAAUACUUAUAUAAAAACAAACACAUAUAUGCGCUGUAGAAGUCGUACGUCACUGUAUAUAAUGUUUGUGAAUAAAUGUUUCUCUAAAAUCUAAUUUAAUUGUUUAACAAU